AUGUCCGGCGGAGAGAAGAGGGCGAGGGAGGAGGUGGAGACCUUGCUGGCGCAGACGAAAUUGCUAGCGUGGAGGGAGAAAUCGGUGAAGGACAAGAUCAGGGCCAUCGCCAACAACAUGUGUGGGAAGGAAGUGGACUUUUAUGGGGCUGGCCUCGGCGACAGUGGGGUGAAGGCGGUGGCACAGGCGCUCAAGGACAACACCUGCCUCAACAAGCUUGACCUGAACUACAAUGCCAUCAGCGAUGCAGGCGCUUCAGCAUUGGCGGAGAUGCUGAAGCACAACGCGACCAUGCCAACACUCUACCUGCACAACAAUUCCAUCGGCGGCAAAGGCGCUGUGGCGUUGGCGGAGAUGCUGAAGCACAACACGACCAUGACAUCACUUAUCCUGGGAAUCAACCCCAUUGGCGAUGAGGGCGCUGUGGCGUUGGCGGAGGUGCUGAAACACAACACGACCAUGACAACACUCGGUCUAGGACAAAACUCCAUCGGCGACCCCGGCGCCGUGGCGUUGGCAGAAAUGCUGAAGCACAACACGGCUCUCGACAUACUCUCCUUGAGAAAGAACUCCAUCACCCCAGCUGGCGGUGCGGCGCUGGGAGCCGCCCUGGACCAGAAUCGCACGCUGAAACGGCUCUGGGUUUGCAAGAACUCCCCCGCCACUGCUCGCGCCUUUGGUGCCGCGCUGCCCGUCGACCGCGAGAUCGACACAGGCGACUGGUCACAACACGACACUACCCACGGCGACCAAGCAGACCAGCGACAGGGUGCAGCUGCAGACAACGAGCAGCAACCGCACGAGUACAUGCUCACUGCCUGCAAGGCCGGCAAUGUCGCAGCCGUCACCUCCCUCGUUGAACAGGACCACGCAGAUGUAGACCAACAAGAUGAACAGGGCGACACGCCGCUACAUGUUGCCUGCAGGCACAACCAGCCCGCCAUUGUUAAGCUGCUCCUCGAGAAGGGCGCGGAUGCUUCCGUCAAGAACAAGCAGGGAGAAACUCCUCACUAUGUAGCAACGGCCAGUGGCCACACUGCCAUCACCAGCAUCGAGGGGCUCAACCCAGGCAGCCAGCAGCAGCAGCAGAACACAAAAGACCCACGUGCGUCCACCCCUUCCACCAAACCCAAGCAAGAAAUUACAGCAGCGUCAGACCCCGAGCAGGGGCGCAAGGAGCGCCUCCAGCAGCACAUGCGGGAGAUCAUUGCGCGCUUCAACGCGACCAUGGCUAGCAGGGCCAAGCUCAUCUUCAUUGGCCAAGGGCGCGCCGGCAAAACCAGCACGUUUCACUCGCUCAUGGGUCACAUGUUCAACAAACACGAGCACUCCACGCAUGGCGCCGCCACAACUGACCUCGCCGUUAUCGUCGAGUCCAUGGACGUUCACGACUGGCAGGAGCUGGAUGCGGAGAUCUCGGAGUUGAUGCGCAGCCUCUGCGGCACGGCGCUGGUGCAGGAAUCUGGCGUGGACUUGCAGAUGAAGCAGGCGAUGAUGAAGGCGAAGGCCGACUUGGAGAGCCGCGUUGCCCAGCACCAGCACCAACAGCGGCAACAAGAAGCCGAGAAGGCAGAGAAGGCGACGGGUUCAAAGUCGAAGAAGGAGCAGUUACAGAAUGCGAAGGAGACGCGGUCACGGCCAUCCUCCCGCACGUCGCCAGCGACUGUCCCAAAGCCCAGCAAGCCGUCUCACAUGUGUGCGUCUGCACCCAAGAAGCAGACCACCCUAAACCCUUCCAGCCAAAGUGAUGCUGCUGCGCGUGACAACAGCACCACUGCCACAACCGGCAUGUCUGCGGAGGAAAUGGAGAAAGCGAUCAAAGAGUUCAACGUGGACGCCGUCAUGGGCGAGGGCAAAGCGCGCGUCACGUUCAAGGUGUUUGACCUGGGCGGCCAGUCCACCUUCUACAUCUUCCACCCUUUCUUCCUCACCAAGUACGCGGUGUACCUGCUGGUGUUCUCCAUGGAGGACCUGUUGCACCAAGACGAGAGCAAGCGGACCGAGACGUGGGAGUUUAUGGAGCACUGGCUCUCCUCCCUCCACCUCCACGCAAAGGGCGCACCCGUCCUCAUCGUCGGCACCUUCGCUGAUGUGGUUAGUCAGCGGAAACAGCACGAGAACAUCUCGCGUGGCAUCUACAGCCGCCUGCGCCACAACCCCGCUUUCCCUGGCGUCAUCCACAACGAAAAGCAUGGUCUGUGGUUCUGGCCCGUCGACAACACCCAGUCCAUCCAUGAUCCCAUGAUCCAGGACCUGCGCCAGACCAUCUCCUCCACAGCACUGGCGCAGGAGUACGUGAGCCAGGAGGUGGCUGUGCCGUACCUCCACCUCUAUGACAAGCUCAAUGCCAUCGCCCGCGACGAGAAGCGACCGCUGCUGACGUUUGACGAGGUGGUGGAGAUUGCGCACACGUGUGGGCUGCGCACACGCCAGGAGACGAAGGCCUGCCUCCAGUUCCUGCACCUGUACUCCAUGGUAUUGUACUACGACAGCGUGCCUGGCAUGGACGACUAUGUGAUCCUGAGCCCGCAGUGGGCGGUGGACACGAUGACCCGCGUCAUCCGAAACUUUGAUCUGCAUCACGAUGUGCGGGAUGGCGAGGCGAGGGCCGUUGGUGCGCAGCUGUGGGACGACCUGGUUGACCGCGGCAUCCUGCACCGUCGCCUGCUGGAUGUGCUGUGGAAGGACUUGGAAGGUGGCACGAUUGAGCCCUUCCUCCAACUCAUGAUGGAGUACGGGUUGUGUGUCGACUACACGGCACCAAUGGUGCGGCUGUCCAGCCCUCAACAGCAGCAGCACCACCACCAACAAUUCCUUGUCCCAGCCAUCCUGCCGAUGACGCUGGAGGAUGAACAGGCGUCGUCGUCGGUGACUCUGAGCACGGCAGCAGCACAGCAGGCCAAUCCAUACGCUGGAUAUGAGGAGAAGACAGCCUACGUCGCCUUCAGCCUGAGGGAGUUCAAGAGGGGUGUAAGCGCCAAGAUUGCAGACACGCAGCAAGCCUCCUUCCUGCCAGAGGGCCUGUUCCCGAUGGUUCUGGCACGCGUGAUGGCACACAUGCAGCAUGGUGCAACGGAACCGCCCAUGUUGAGCCGGACAGACGCCGUAAUCUUCAUGGACGUGGCUGAGAUCGAAUUACAGCUCGUGCCGGCUGUUGGCGGCAUCAAGAUCAAGGUCAUGACUGCACGUCCUCGCACGCUGCUGCACAUGCUGUACGACACCAUCACAACAGCUGUCACGCAGCGCUACCCCGAGCUCAAGGCCACGUUGUUGCUGCCAUUCAAUGACACCAGACUGCUGUUCUUCGAGGACGUGCACACCCAUCACAUGAACAAGAAAGCGCUUCGCGUUGGCCGCUCACAGCUGCUGUCACCAGGGGAUCUGGUCGCCAAGUAUGGUCCACUCUUGCCAGUUAUGGGUCAGCAGGGCAAAUACGAUGCCUUCAUCAGCUACAGGCAACGCGGCAACCGGGGUUUGGUGAUGACAUUGUACCCAAAGUUGGAGCAGCACGGACUGGUAACCUUUGUGGACGCCAACAACUUGGAGACAGGCGUCAACUUCAAGCACGCGUGCAUGACAGCCCUGCACAACAGUGCUGUCGCCUGCCCCGUCGUCUCCGUCGGUGCCAUCCAUCAGAUGCGCUCGCUCGGCCACACUGACACGUGCGACAACGUGCUGUUGGAGUGGAUGGCGAUGCUGGAGCUGCAGCAGCUUGCUCGCCAGCAUCCAGACAACAUCCGCCUUCGCCGCAUCGUCCCGCUCUUCGUUGGCAGUGGCUGGCACGACAGCAACCACCAUGUUAUGAGCGCGGCGGAAGUGAGCGAGUACGACUCGUUUGACCGCCUGAAGCGGCUGGCAACGAAGUUGCCGGAUGUUGUGAGCAAGGAGACGGCGUCAGCGCUGGACCAGUUCUUUUCCCAGGUGCUGCGCCUGCCACCGCCACAGCGGCACAAGAGCGUGCGCAAAGUGGUGCUGUCGCUGUUUGACAUUGACGCAGUGAUUGCGGUGGAUGCCGGCGUGGACCGCACGUCGCAGCUGCGCGACAUUGCAGAGAAGGUGCGCCAGGUCAUCGUCUCCGCGAGGAGCGAGGAGCAUGCAGUGAAGGGACCAGCAGCCGCGCGGCGAUCCACGCAGUCAUCUUCCUCGAUCUCCACUGCCACGGCCCGUUCGACGCCACCACCUGCAACCCCUUCGUCCCCGUCCUCAAGCGCAUUUGAGCCCGAGUUGAUUCAAUGGCUCAACCGCCGCUCGCUGCUGCCGCAUGUCGAAGCAGCGCUGAUGGAGCACGGCAUUGACACCCUUGAAGAUCUGCUUGUGCUGGUUGAGUUGGGCGAGCUCACCCUGGAGAUGCUCAAGACCGCCGGUGUGAAGGUUGGCAAAGCGAUCAAAUUGUUGCGUCUGGCCAAAGAGCAAGCUACCUCGGCCUCACAUGCCCUUUCUUGCCUCGCACCAUUUUUGUUUUCCUCCAGUGUUCACCUUCUGUGCUUGUGUUCUUUCCUUGUGCUUGUGCUUGCUGUGUUGGUUUCUGUUGCCAGCAGCUGGUAUUGA